UUCUUGUUCUCGACCUCGCCCUCGCACCCCGCCGCCAAGAGCCACCUCCAACGUCGCAGGCCUCGCAGCUUGCCUCCCGCACGCACACUUGCGCACGCCGGGCCUCCAGCAUGGGCCCACAAUGAGCUCCUCCGGCCCCUUCGCCGCCUCUUCCUCCGCCUCUGCCUCUGCCUCGACGCCGGCCGCAGCCUCCACAUUUACUGCACCCGACACCUCGCUGCUGCCGACGCACUUUGUGCGCCUCAACUACCUCGACCCGUCGCCCAAGAAAGGCUGGGUGAAGCAAUUGCUCGCCACGCCUCGCGGCGCCUCUGCCCUCCCGCCGCUGCGGCCCGCCGAGCUUGCGCCGCUGCAGGAGCUGCUGCGCUGCGGCGCCUGGUUCGACGCCGGCCACCCGUUCCGCGAGCUCGACGCCGCCGGCGCGCCGCACGUACAGCUCUACCUGGCGCGCACCGCCGAACGGCUCGUGCCCAUGCUCUUCAUCUCGCGCGCUCACGUCGAGCGCCUCGCGCUGCACGCCUCGGCGGCGAUGCGUGCGCGCCAGCCGGGCGCAUGGGCGCGCGAGCUGCACAUCCCUGCCUCGCGGCCGGGCACCUGGGCGCGCGAGGAGCUCGUCGGCAUCGUGCCUGUGACGCCACGCCGAGCCAGAGAAGUCUCUCAGCUGCGCUCCAACAUCACGCAGGAGCUCGAGGACAUCGAGGCGGCCAUGCCGCAGCGCAGCUACGUCAGCUGGCCGGCGGCGUACGAGUCGCUGCGCGCGCUCUGGCAGCGCUCGACGCUGCCCUCGGCGCCCGCCGUGCCGCUGCUGCUGGCCGUCGACGUCGAGACGUGGGAGAUGAGCCAUCAGGGCAAUCAGAAAGAGGCGCAGAAUCCCAGCGGCUGGGCCCUCGAGAUCGGCUGGUCCCUCAUCUCGCCCUCGACGCCGCGCGCCGGCGCAGCGCCGACACCUUGGUCUGAACGUGGAGGCAGCAGACGUCCGAUGAAGGACGCGGCUAGGCUGCCACAGCCCGGCUCGUGGAUGCAAGAGACGCACCACUACCUCGUGGACCGCCACUACCCCGCGCGCAAGAAUGGCCGCUACUGUGCCGAUCAGCGGCACAACUUUCUCUUCGGCCCGCCGUCCGAGCGCUCGGGUGCCGGCCAAGAGGCGCCGUACAAGAACGGCUCGCGCAUCGCCUCGAUGGAGGAUAUCACGCGCGAGCUCAACGCCACGCUGCUGCUGGCGCGCGAGACGGACACGCCCGUCUUUGUCACGUUCCACGAUGCCGAUGGCGAUCUGCCAACGCUUCAAGGUAUGGGCAUCCUGACGAACACGUGGCUGCGCGGCCCGGAGGGCAUCCACACGGUGUGUAACUGGCUGCCCGGCUCGGGCCGUGCGCCCAUCUGCGUACUCGACACGUCUGCGCUCAUCGCUGCGGUACGCGGCGACGACUACAGCGCCCAGCACAGUCUCGGCACCGUCGCGCUGGCGCUCAACGUCAAUGACGGCGUCAUCGAAGGCAUGCACAACGCCGCCAAUGACGCCUUCUACACGGCUGCCGUCGGCGCCACCUUGGCUGCUGGUCCGCCGCUGCCGCAGAUGCGCGCACUGCUGCAGCCGCGCUGGGAGGCGGCCAAGGAGCAAGGCAAGAAGCGCACGCCGGCACAGCACAGCGCGAUGCUGGCGAAGCAGAACGAGGAGCUACCCGAGGAGAUCUGGCUUUCGCCGUGGGCCAUGGGCGAGCCGUCGCCGGCUAGCGCAGUCACGGACAAGCUCACUUUCAUGAACGAGGUGCGAGCCGUCGCGGCCCGCAGCGUGCCGCCGCCGGAUGCUGCGCAACAGGAGCAGGAGCAUGAGAGCACAGCCACGUCGGCCGCGGCUGAGAGCAGCAAGAGCAACGGCGCUUCAAAGCAGGCUACGGUCGCAGCAACAGUCUCGACGCCCACGGCCAAAAAGAGCGAGCCCGUUGACCCGCUCGUGCUGGCCGCGGCGCAGCAAGCUGCCGAGCAGGCGCAAGACGGUGCUCGUGCUCAGCUCGUGGCGCAGGCCAGGACUGCUUCGCAGCUCAGGUCUCCUUCGCAGCUCAAGGUCGCUUCGCAACCACAAGCAGGAUCCACAGUCGCCGCGCCAGCGCCGGCUUCGCCAUCGCCCAGAGCAGUCGCCCAGGCGUCACUCGUGCCUCAGUCGAGGAUCGCUCAGGGCAAGCUGUACGCGCGCGACGCAGAGUCGCAUUCGCUGCCUCCGCGCCAGCCGCCUUCGCAGUCGUCGUCGCUCGGUGUUCCGCUUCGCAGCGCCAGGGUGCAGGCUGCCAUAUCGGCACCUGCCGCCAGCAGCAAAGCCGCGCCUACUCUUUCAUCGUCGCCGCCGCCGAGACCGCUUACUCAGGGCAGGACGGUGCAGGUGCCCGUCUCAGGCGUGGCCGCACGCACUUCCGUUGCGGCUAAACCGGCGCCCAUCGCUCAAGGAGUACAUGUGCCGACAACGACACCAUCUCUGGCUGCGCGGGCUGCUGCAAGCCAAGCCAGCACUCCUCGCGAGGCGCCAGCGACGCAUGCCUCCUCGAGCGCAACUACACAGCCGGCCACUGCAUCAGUCGCAAGCAACUCGACUUCGAAGCUGAAGACUUGGCCCGCGCCUACCUCUCGCACCACUCAGACGCUCGCCGAAGUGCUGCUCAACGAGCAACGCCGAGAGGCCGCAGAGCUGGCGAAGAGCAUGGCGUCGCAGACGCAGUCGACAGCACAGCUGGAAGAGAGCUCGCGCGGCACCAAGCGCGACGCCCCUUCCUCGCCGCCGGGCAGCCCGUCGAAGCAGCGGGCCAAGGCUCCGCAGGCUUCUGGUGGAUACAUCGAGCCGGUGGGCUUUGGCCCUGAGCGCUUCGGCUACAUUGCGAGCACGAGGUGGCCAGCAGCCAGCGACGAGAGGGCUCGGCGCUGGUCUGGCGAGGGUCAGGAUCAGGUCUCCAUCAAGGAUGCAUUGGAUGCGUACCACGAAUAUCGAGACAUCUGUAAGAACAUGGUGCUCGCUGCCACCAAGGAGCUAGGCUAUCAGCCCGUCGUCUUCUUCCGCGGCGAGGCACUUCACCCUCUUCGCAGCCUGGCUUCCUACCGCCAGUACUUUAGGACGGACGACCUGGAGAUGCGCGACUCGUUCCGCGCCGCUUGGAAAGAGGCCAUGAAUCACUUCGAGCUGCAGCCAGUCGCAGUCGCUGCGGUCGACAAGCUGCGGGAGCUCAAGCGGGCGCAAGGCGAUGUCUUCUGGGCCUCUGCCUGUGGCCAGCGCUUGCUACCGACAUUUCGAUACAUGCGCUCCACGCACGCCCGAUCAGUCUUCGGUACCGGCUCUGUGCGGCGGCACGAACGCUCGGUGCGCGAGGUCGACGAAGCUCGCCUGCGCGCCGAGAGGCUCGGCGAGUGGCGCAUGGACGAUGCGGACAACGACGUGUCGGAGAUAGAGCUGUACGACGGCAGCGAUGAUGACACGGACUGAAUGAGAAGCAAGCCAGGCCAUCUGUUUGUCCUCUCUAUGUAUAUAUACCCUCCCUACCCUACAUGGAUACGCUCGACGUG